UUUCGUCCACUAGAGGCCUCUAAACGUUCUCUACCACCUGAACGCAACGGUCUCUUCUCCAGUGACGUAACUGGCAGAGAUGUCAUGGCGUCUGUGGGGCUGAAGCUGGAGCUGCAAUAAGAUAGCUAAAAGCUGUCGACAGUGUGUAAAUCGAAAUGGAGAAAAAUGCAAACCUACAUCGAGAUGUUGGAGGAAGUAUUCUAUGUGCCACUAUCGCAGGGGAAAUGGGAGAUAUUACAGUUGGCGGAAUGAAAGGAGCGAACGAUGCGUGCAAGAAUAGUGAGCAUUCUCCCAAUACUUUGGUUAGUUGUACUAGCGCCAGCAACGUUGGUGAUCCUAGCACUGCUAAUGCUAUCUCCAGUGUUGCGAAAUUUGAUUUACCAGAAAGGAUCGAAUCUCACCCGGUGCAAGAGAAGAACAUUCAGUCAAGUGGUUGGUCGGAGACAUUGUCUUCUGGAUCUGGAGAUCAUUUGAGUAACGGGAUGGGACAUGUCUCGCAACUGUCUACAGGAAAUAACGAGGUUGCCACCUCAAAGUUAGUAAACAACAAAACGGAUGGCGAAACCUCGUUAGGGAAAUCGGAGGCAAGGUUUACCAAUGUUCAAAUUGAGGGGUCGGAUUCACUUGAAUCAGUGAAGCUAGUAAAACCGACACACUUAUGUCCGGAGAAAACAAACACGGGAAACGUCAAAUGUGGAGUAGCAAUUGACAAUAGCAUAUCCGAGGGUUUGCAGAGUGGGAGUGACCCGAGCAUCGCGGCAGAAUCUAGAAGCCUUGACUCACUUGAGUCCUUUUCGAACCUAAAUUCCUGUCCCAGUUCCGAUCUCAACAGUGAUGGUUUGGAGGACAGAGGGAUGGCCCUAGCACUACAAAGCGAGUAUGGUGCUGAUGGAACCAAGAUACCGUGCACUAAGGACCGGUGCGCUGGCCAGUCCAUAUAUCACAUCAAGUGGAUCAAGUGGAAGGAAGAAAAUACGCCUAUCAUUACCCAAAAUGAGAACGGCCCAUGCCCAUUGCUGGCCAUAAUGAAUGUCCUGUUGCUGGCAUGGAAGGUGAAGAUGCCACCAAUGAUGGAGAUCAUAACUGCUGAACAGUUGAUGGAAUAUCUUGGGGACUACAUCCUAGACGCCAAGCCGAAAGAGAUCUCUGAAGCUCAGCGGCUCAACUAUGAACAGAACAUGAGUGACGCCAUGGCCGUUCUCCACAAGCUGCAGACGGGACUGGAUGUCAAUGUGAGGUUCACAGGGGUCCGGGUCUUUGAGUACACCCCGGAGUGCAUUGUCUUUGACCUGCUGGACAUCCCUCUCUACCACGGCUGGCUGGUGGACCCGCAGAUGGGUGACACUGUAAAGGCAGUAGGUAACUGCAGCUACAACCAGCUGGUGGAGAAGAUCAUCUCCUGCAAACAGUCAGUGAGCAGCGAGUUGGCUGGCGAAGGCUUUGUGGCGGAGCAGUUUUUGCACAGCACAGCCACCCAGCUGACCUACCAUGGGUUGUGUGAGCUCACAUCCACCGUGCAGGAAGGAGAACUCUGUGUGUUCUUCAGGAACAACCACUUCAGCACCAUGAUCAAGUUUAAGGGCCAGCUGUACCUUCUGGUCACUGACCAGGGCUUCCUGACGGAGGAGAAGGUGGUGUGGGAGAGCCUACACAACGUAGAUGGGGAUGGCAACUUCUGUGACUCUGAGUUCCGCCUGCGACCCCCGUCAGACCCAGAGACAGUAUACCGCGGACAGCAGGACCAGAUAGACCAGGACUACCUGAUGGCUCUGUCACUGCAGCAGGAACAGCAGAGUCAGGACCUGCAGUGGGAGGCGCUUCCUGAGGGCAUCAGUGACCUGGAGCUGGCCAAGAAGUUACAGGAGGAGGAGGACCGUCGAGCCUCCCAAUACUACCAGGAACAAGAGCAGGAGCAAGCCGCUGCAGCACAAGCACAGCAGGGACAGCAGCAGCCAGCAGAGGGUGCUGAUGAGGCAGCCAGAGCCACAGCGCCUGGAGCAGCAGCAACAUCAAUAGCAGCGGCAUCAUCAACAGCAGCUGGAACUACACCCAGCCCAGGGAAACAGCCCUCUGCCGGGGAGCGUAAACCCAAGAAAGAGGCCAAGGAUAAAGACAAAUGUGUUAUAUUGUAACAGAGAAUGGAUGUGUGUUUGUGUUUGUGAGAGAGAAAGAAGGGGAGGGGGGCAGCAUUUGUUUUCACUUUGACCUGACACCCUACGCACAGCCCCAUUUGAAGAGCAAGAGAUAGCGACGAGACAAACUGCUGAGUUGUUGUUCCUAAGCCACUGGUGCCUGCCAUCCUUACCCUCAGUGGGCCAUGGACAAGAGAGGAAGGGACGCUAUGACAACUACCACAAAUCUUUUGUACAGUUGGCCAAACAUUGUUACAAGUCGCACAGUGCAAUAUAUUUGUGAUGUGAGGUCUAGGUUAUUGAGGGUGAUUUUAUAGCAACACUAGAAAAAUCACUGAAACUGGAUGCCGGGAAGGAAAAAAUUCAGAAUCGGAAAUAUCACUCAUGUCACCAUAUUUUUUCAAGGUAACCAUUUUCAUUAAUUUUCAUUGUUUAUAAGCUAUUUUGGAAACAUUUACAGUACAUUUGUGUCCUAUUUUGGUUACAUUUUGUUUGCUAGCUAUUGAUUGGCUAUUCAUUUAGCUCCUUCCAUUUGGAGAUAAUCCAGAGUUUGGUUAAAGUCGGAUAGGGUAAAGAAUAAGGUGACAGUAGGGUGCCCUUAAAAGGUCAUCCUGCACUCAUGAGUGCUUAUAUGUUACACUUACAGAUGCCCCUAUCACCUAGGGUGGCAAUAUUUUGGGAACUUCUCAUACAUUUCCUGGGUUUUCUGAAAGUUCUUUUUGCAACCAUAGGGGAUACCAGUUAGUGAAAUAUCUAAGCCCUUUGGAUUCCUAUUUUUUGCCAAAUUAUUGGAUGCCAAAAUACUAAUUUAUAUGUGUGUUAGCAUUUGUGUGUGUUUGCAUCUGUGAUUUUGUGUGUGCGCGUGUGUGUUUCAGAGAUAUUUUAUUUUAGUAUUUUCUUAAAUUGAAAGGGAUUAAUUUAUGUUUAUGCCAGUUAGAAAUUAAUGUAAGACCCCAUUGUGACAAGCCUUUUGUAUCCCCACUAAAUACUACCCACAUCCCUGUUCUUCCUGAGAGGCCUGGAAGUCACAUAGAUGCAGUGCUGUUUCUACCAAACCUUAUCUGCCCGUAAGACAGAUUUGCCUUUCCGGAGUACGGCGUGUUUUUAUUCUGAUGUGUGUGUGGUUGAUUUGCUUAGCUGCAUUAAUUUAUUUGCUCUUCAUUACAACUUGGAAAUAGCAAACAAUUACUUUUUCUUUGUUUAACAAUGUGUAAGAGAAGUUGGACUGCAAGAUAUGCCUUGUAUUUAUUUUUUUGGUUUAUAUGCUUCAUAUCUUCAACAAUCUGGAUAAUUCCAGACAAACCCAUGGAAACACAAGACCGUGUAACUAAUUUGACAGGGGUGACUCACUGCCGUUUGCCCUUAGAAACGUAGCUUUUGACUGGUGUCCCAAACUCAUAGUCUGAAGGGCCCAAUGUCAAAUAGCUCUGCUGGCAGACAAAAUGUCUCAAUGUAAAGAUAUGACAAAAAUGGUUUAAUUGUGGGAAACCUGAAGCCUCCUGAGUCAUGACCUAGUUGAGCUCCGGAAAUAGGAUCUACUUUAGCUGUGUUUGAAUCAAUGUGCUCCUCUGACAACAUCCGACUUUCAGACUAAUUCGUAUAGGUUAUGUACAUAUUUGGCUACCUAAUACGCAUUUAUGACAGAGCCAACUAGUGGUUUGCCUACUGUGGUACUGCCUCCUCCUGAGAAACUAACAGUCUUCUAUCUAUACAUUCCAGCUGGAUGCCUUUACUCAAGCUUUGUGUUGUAUGUCAAAUGUAGAAACCCAGUUGUAGGGGAGACCGCUCACAGUGUAGCUAGCUAAGGGGUCUCCCAUUGUUUUGUUACAUGUAAUGUUCUCAUUGUCCAGAAAUGGACAACCCCAGCCUUUAAGGACAAGUCCUGUAAUUAGUAUUUAUUCUUACCUGACAACUGGCUUCCUCUUGGAGCAGUACAACUUCUUUGCAGGCUGGACUUAAAGACUGGGGUUAGCUCAGCCUGUCUAAAUGGCUUGUGCAAGACCACACAUACUCUGUAUAUAAAACGCCUUACAUGUACAAUAUCUUUUUUAAGGAUAAAAGGAAACAGGUGUAUUACCAGAAUGAGACAAUCUGUAGAUUUUAAUGUAGAAAUCAGAAAUGCUCUCAGGCCUUCUCUGAAGGGACAUAUCCUUGAGUGUCUUUUGCAAAUUGUUUGAUAUGUAUUAGCUGCCUUGGCAACAGCAAUUCUUGAUAUAGACCAGUAUAAAUUUAAAGUAUUUAAUAUACCCUGUAGUCACUCUUUCAAGAGAAUAGUUGUAAUGUAAAUGUUUAACCACCACAUAUAAGUAACACAUGCUUUCAACACAUGGUAGCUAGCUAGGUCAACUUAUUUUAUAUUAUCAGGUUGUGCAUAAUUAUUGCUAGUUAGGUUCAUGGAUAUAAUAGUCUCAGAAAUGACAUUUUCUCAGGCCUGUCUUCACACUAAAAUAGGUUUACCCAUAAUGAAAUUCAAGGCUGCAGAGCAAAUUAAGCUGCUGUUUUUGUGUUGUUAUCACUACCCCAGACGUACUGAGUGAGUAAAAAGGGUUUCAAGAGAAACACCAACGUUGAUACAAGUGUGAAAAAGAUGGAUAUGGAAUGCCAGAGUAAUUUACAUUAAGGACUACAGUGAUUUUGUGAAACUUGGGAGAAUUGUCUGAGUCUGCCACACUGAUCUUGCAAGCUUAAAUGAAUGAUUUGAUUCCAUUGGAGCAAACCAAUCAUAAAAGCCCACAAAUCUGUAACAAUUGUGUGGCUAGGUCAAAGGUCAGUGUCCCUUUGAGUGUCAGGGACAACAUCCAUAUAAUUUUUUCAUGAGACAAGACCAAUUUAAAUAUCACACUAAAGGUCAUGUCUCAGCUUACAUUAUGUUUGUUAAUGUUUAACCCUCUUCCCAAUGGCCUAACCCAUAGGUGAUGACUUUACCUUGGCAACAGUUAGUCUCACAUAGGCCCACACUCUGACUGUUUCAAUAUGUUUAGGGGAGCAAGAGGUUUCAUGCAUGCCUCACACUAUUAUUUUGAAUUACUGUGCAUAAGCUUGCUUUUGGACUAUUACACUACCUUAUUUGCCAGAAUCUAGAUGUCUUUUUAUGUUUGAAUUUGAUUGUUGUUCCUCAAAUUAAUUAAUCAGAUGGAUUUUGUAUUUGGAACCUCUACAUUAUUAUUUGUGAGAUUUGUUAGUGGUUGUGGGGUAAAUACUGUAGACAAUAAUCUGUUAACAAGGUAGUCCUUGAACAUGUAGUCAUUGUAAUUGGUUUUGCACUGUUACAUUGAUAUGCACUACUAAGAGAAGAGAAAAUACCUCAUUUUAUACAGAAUUAGAAAAUGUGCUAGAGUGCUAUUGUUCUUUGGGUACCUUGUAAUGGAAUACUGGAAUAAUGCCUGGCAAUGGUAUAACAGAAGGUCUUCAACAGACAUUUGAACAUUAAAUGCUGAAAAUGUUGUUUCUUUGGUGAACGCAGGUAUGAAAGGGCUAAGUAAACAUUUUGGUUUAAGUACACAAAGUACUGUGUAGCCCCUUUCAAUAAAAAUUGCUGCAACUUGAACAUCAGGUAGCUCUUCCCCUGUUCAUCUGACAUGGCCAUGAUGUUUGCUUGCAUUGCUUUUUACAUAAAAAUGUCACCAAUGUGAUUCUGGAGCUGAGUGGGCAUCCAGGGGAGAACGGAAUAUUUUAAAAGUUAUCAAAACGUGUUGAUUAGUGAUUGGAUAGAUGAGUAGUUUCACAUAAUAAAUUUAAUAUUUAUAUUUCAGAUAUUCUACAGCAAAUACUCAGGGGCCUGUGUUUCAAGUGAUCAUCCUGUAUUUUCGAUAGGAUUAAAUAAAUACAAAUAAGAGUUCCCACUGAAGCAAUUUAUGUCUUUUAUAUUUAUUCUACAAUAUGCAUCUGAUCCUACAGGCAAAAUCCAGGUUGAGAACUUUAAACAACAGCCCUGGAGCAGAGUCCCCAUAUUGAUUAAAUGUAUUCUGUAUAAGUUUAUUUUUGUGUGUUCUCAAGCUGCAAUGCUAAUUUAUGAAUCCCAAUAUUACUUUGUAAUGCAUGUAGUGCUGAAUACGAGAUGAAAACAUUACCUAUUGACAUUCAGCAAUCCUCAGAGAAUAACUGCAAUUGUAUGUCUUCUGUUAAUGUUUUCACGUACGUUAAACCACAAGCAAAAAGGAACCACCUAUUAUGUUGUGAUUAUGAACAGUUCAAUACUCCAGUGUUGGAUGGUUCAAAUGUUUAUCUAUAUACAUGUAGCCUAUUACAGUACCAUUGCAAAAUAUAGAGUUUUUUUUCUUCUGUAACAAAAUGCCUUAGACGAGGGACAUUCAGCCUGAUUAUUAAAGUACAUGGACAAUAUUUA